UUGCAGAUUUUUGUUUCAUGCACCAGUACUAGGUCAAACGUGUUUUGGCAAAAAAUGAGUGAAACCCAUGUGGCUGGAGAGCUUCAUUCCUUUAUAAAACAUUGAUGCUGUUAACACUGCCAUGGGAAAAUGUCUCAGCUCUUUAACAUCCGUCUUGUUUUAACAGUGAUGAACCCUUGUGGCAGACACAACGGUGGCUGUCACCACAUUUGUGUUUUAAGUCACCGCACCGACAAUGAUGGCCUCGGAUUCCGCUGCAAGUGUCGCCAUGGUUAUGACCUAAACACUGAUCUUCGCACUUGUUUCAAGCUAAAGAGUUACUUGCUGUUGGCCACCAGUCUUGCGGUGCGGGGAAUCCCUCUGAACAUGUCCCUGCAGGAAGACGUUACUCUGCCCCUCACAGGGCUGGGAGUGUCCUUCUCUGGCUCAGCAGUGGAAUAUGACACCAACGAGGAGACCAUUCUCUACAAUGACCGCUCCGCAGGCCUCAUCUAUAAAUCAAAUCUUAAUGGCACAGUUCAACAGAUAUUGACAGGCUACAGAGUCGGAACAGUUGAUGCCAUGGCUUAUGACUGGACCAGCAAAGUUUUGUUUUGGACCUCAAGCAGUUACAGGACGGUGUCAGCCUUCAGGCUCACGGACAAAUCCAGACGAGACCUGGUUACUGGCCUGAGGAAUCCGAAAGGAAUUGCAGUGCAUCCUGGUGCUGGCUACUUGUUCUGGUCUGACUGGUACCGUCCAGCUGUCAUCAUGAGAGGCUUCACUGAUGGCAGCAACGCUGUUCCUCUGGUCAACACAACUCUAGGUUAUCCACAUGGACUCUCUUUAGACUAUGUGACAGACAGGCUGUAUUGGGUCGAUUACCAGUUGGACCAAAUUGGUCACAUUGGUAUUCAGGGCUAUGACAGAGAGACCUUCACCAACCUGGGUCAGAUCACACAGCCCUACUCUUUAACCAUUUAUGCUGAUUAUUUGUAUGUUGCUGACACACGGACCAAGGCAAUAUUCGAGAUGAGGAAGCGGGACGGCGGCGGAAACAUUAUGGUCAGACAAGGAAUCAAUGGUUUAAUGAACAUUAAGGCCUACACAGCUGACUAUCAAAGCACAAUCAAAAGCCAGUGUAACACGGUGGCCAACGGGCGCUGCAGCCACUUUUGCUUUCCUACUCCGUCGUUCAGUCGAGUGUGUGGCUGUCCGUACGGCAUGAAACUGCAGCCCAAUCAAAGAGACUGCAUCAAGGAUGAUUCCAUUGUCCCCCCGGACAACCUCUGUGGAGACAAUGCCUUUGAGUGUGAUGAAGGACGUUGUCGACCUAACUCCUUCCGCUGUGAUGGAAUUGUAGACUGCAUAGACAAGACUGAUGAGACCAACUGUACAGAUUCAGGUGCAACUUGCUCGCCGUAUGCAUUCACGUGCAACAACAAACACUGCAUCUUGAAGCGCUGGCACUGCGAUGGUGUUGACGACUGCGGUGAUGGUUCUGAUGAAGUGAACUGUCCCACCCGUAUCCCCACCACAUGCGCAGCUGACCGUUUUACCUGCGACAACAACAGGUGUGUUUCCAAGCAAUGGUUGUGUGACGGUUACAACGACUGCGGCGAUGGCUCUGAUGAACACAACUGCAAUUCAACAAUCACGACUUGCCCACCUUCUUAUUUCCUGUGCCCUGACCAUGGCUGUAUCCACAACUCCUAUGUCUGUGAUGGAGAUCAGGACUGUCUGGAUGGAUCUGAUGAGAAAGACUGUGAAUUCUCUUGUGCAUCCUACGAGUUCGCCUGUGCCAGUGGUGACCAGUGUGUCAGUACCAGAUAUCAGUGUGAUGGCGUGUAUGACUGCAGGGACCAUUCUGAUGAACGAGACUGCCCCACCAUAGGUCCAGGCCUCUGCCACAACACUGAAUUCCAGUGCCAAACGGACGGGUUCUGCAUACCUGGCGCUUGGGAGUGUGACGGCCAUCCAGACUGUGAGGACGGCUCUGAUGAACACAACUCCUGCCCACCUGCCACCUGCAAGACCAACUACUUCCAAUGUGCCAACAAGAUGUGCAUCCCUCCACAGUGGGUGUGCGAUGGUGAAAAUGACUGCCGGGACAUGAGCGACGAACAGAACUGCCCCACCCCUCCUUUUAGUUGUCCGUCUGGACAGUGGUUGUGUCCCACUGACCAGGUGUGCAUAGACCUGGACAAAGUAUGCAACGGUCAGAAGGACUGCCCUAAUGGAGCUGAUGAGUCACCCAUCUGCAACCAAGAUGAUUGUGCGCUGAACAAUGGAGGGUGCAGUCAUGGCUGCGUUCAAGGACCUUUUGGGGCUGAGUGCACCUGUCCGCCAGGAUUUCAACUCAAUAAUACCAAGAACUGUGAAGACAUAAACGAGUGUCUGAUUCCUGGCUUUUGCAGCCAAGAGUGCUAUAACGAGAGAGGGAGCUUUAGGUGCUACUGCUCACAUGGAUACCUCCUUGAACCCGAUGGGCGCACCUGCAAAGCUACAGAUCAACAAUCUGCUGUACUGCUGGUUUCAAAGCGUAGCCAGAUCAUCGCCAACUAUAUUAACAAGAAACCACCCCAGAUGCGUCCGGUAACCAGCGGUUCAAGCAUCGUCACUGUAGAUUUUGACCGCGUGACAUCCAAAAUCUACUGGGCUGACGCAUCACAGAAGAAGAUAUGGAGUGCAAACCAGAACGGCACUGAUAAAGUCCAGGUAUUCUCCACUGGUCUGAUGGCACCAGAGAGUAUAGCCGUGGACUGGGUGGGUCGAAACCUUUACUGGACUGACUCUGUCAUGGAGAACAUUGAAGUGUCCACUCUUGAUGGGCAGUUUCGUAAAAUCUUACUAUCAAAGAACGUAACCAGUCCACGUGGACUAGUUUUGGAUCCUCGGAACUACACCUACUUGAUGUUCUGGUCAGACUGGGGUCAGAACCCAAGGAUUGAGCGCUCCUUCAUGGAUGGAUCUGGGAGACAAGUCAUUGUUACCUCAAAGGUGUACUGGCCCAAUGGCCUAGCCCUGGACUACACUACACGCAGGUUGUACUUCGCCGAUGCCUACCUGAAAUACAUCGACUACUGUGAUUAUGAUGGCAGAAACCGCCAUCAGGUCCUGGCAAGUGAUAUGUUUCUGCAGCACCCACACGGCAUGACUAUCUUUGAGGACAGCGUCUUCUGGUCUGAGCGCUACACCAGCAAGGUGAUGAAGACAAACAAGUUUCAUGGCGGAAACAUCACCACACUGAUGAGCAGCAUCUACCAACCGAUGGGCCUCGUGAUGGACCAUCCUAUUAAACAACCUGCAGCCAUAAACCCCUGCAGAGAACACCUGUGCAGUCAGCUGUGCUUGUUGGCAGGCAUUAGGCCCAGGUACUAUACAUGUCACUGUCAGUCUGGCUGGAAACUGGAUACUGACAAACGCACUUGUAUCAAAGACGACGCUCCCUUCCUGAUGGUGGUUAGAGAUACAGUGAUCUUUGGAAUUCCUCUUGACCCCAGCGACAGUACAAAUAAUGCAAUGGCCCCCGUGUCUGGGAUCAGCCAGGGUAGAGACAUUGACUUCGAUGACCAGGAGCAAUUUGUCUAUUGGGUUCAAAGCACAGGUUCUAUAUGGAGGGUGAAAACCUCUGGUACCAAUCGCUCUGAGUUUGCACCAUCUGCUUACCUGGGCACGCCCUCAGGCCUGGCCUUUGACUGGAUAAGUCGGAUAAUGUACUACACCAAUCCUACAGCUAAGACCAUAGAGGUUAUUCGGGUUGACGGGAACCAGCACUACAGGAAGACCCUCAUCGCUUCCAAUGGAAAACCAGAGGGGGUGGGUCAACCCAUGGGCAUUGUUGUGGAUCCAGCUCGAGGAAAACUGUUUUGGACAGAUAAGGGUGCAGACACUGGAGUUCCUCCAAAGGUGGGCAGUGCUGACAUGGACGGUGGGAAUGUCAGAAACCUAUUCACGGGCAACCUGGCGAGCAUUGGGUUCAUUGCGGCUGACAUCUCUGCCAGAAAACUGUACUGGGGUGUCUCAGGCUCCGGAGUGAUCGAAAGUGGCACAAUGGAUGGAGUAAGUCGAACUACUGUGGUCACUGGUCUGUCUCAUCCAUGGGGGCUGACCAUCUACCAGAACCACCUCUACUACACAGACCUGGACUAUGAGGUUAUUGAGAGGGUGGACAAGGACACGGGUGCCAACAUGGUGGUUAUGAGAAGCAGCAUGUCCGGUCUUCGUGCUCUAAAAGUACACGCCAGAGACAACUCAGCUGGGACCACAAAUGCAUGCAGCUCCAACAAUGGCGGCUGCCCUCACCUAUGCCUGCCCAAACCUGAUAAUAAUAAGACCUGCGCAUGCACCACAGGCUUUUACCCAUCUGGCGAUGGCUCCCGUUGCGAUCAGUAUGAGUCCUUUGCCCUCGUCUCAACUCCAAAAUACAUCCGUGGUUUCCACAUCAACAGCUCCGAUCACUCAGAGGCCAUAGUGCCUGUUGGUGGACCAUCCUACUCUGUGAAAGGCAAGCUCGACCUUCACAUCGCAUCGGGCUUUGUUUUCUGGACCGACAAUUCUACCUCCACAUCAUAUCGUGGCAUCUUCAGAACUAAAACAGAUGGUGGAGGUUUUGGCAGUGUCAUCAAUUCAGGUGUAGGAAGAAGAGGCAUCCAGGGUUUUGCUGUAGACUGGAUUGCAGGGAAUUUAUACUUCACCAAUGCCUUUGAAAGCGAGACCUUCCUGGAGGUGUUAGCUAUCAACACAACAUACCGAAAGAUUCUACUCAAGUCCACUCAGGACCAGCCUCGUGAUUUGGCCGUCAGCCCCAAGCUGCGCUACCUCUUCUGGACUGAUGGAGGCCAAACGCCCAAGAUUGAGCGCGCUCUCCUGGAUGGCACCAAUCGCACAGUAUUAGCGUCUGAGAGCAUUGCUUCUCCUCGCGGCCUCACACUCGACUACACUAGUGAUUUUCUGUACUGGACAGAUGAUGUCCUUGAUAUGAUCUCCCGCAUGCAUGUAGACGGUACACAGAGGGAAAUCAUAAGGUAUGGCAGUCGAUAUCCAUCACCAACGGGACUGGCUAUUUUUGGGAACCUCAUGUUGUGGGUUGAUCAGAAGCUCGGGAAGCUCUUCCAAGCCAGUAAAGACCCAUCCAACACUGACCAGCCAGAGGUGAUUCGGGACAGUCUUGAUGGUCUUAUGGAUGUUACCAUCUUCGACCCACACGUCCAGCCCACAUCUGCCAAUCAGGUGGACUUCAAUCCAUGUCAGGAAAAUAACGGACGCUGCCAACAGCUCUGUUUUGCCAUCCCAGGCGAGGCAAAACCAAAAUGUGCUUGCGCACACGGGUCUCUCCUUAAUAAUGGAGUGACGUGUGGUUACGGACUAGAUGAGUACCUAGUAUUCACCACAGACUACACACUGAGCAGCCUGAGGCUAGACCCUGCAGAUCACAGCACUCCCUUCCCUGCAGUGAAUUUAGGAUACAACACAGUCGGACUGGACUUUGACUCGAAGGGCAAAAGGAUUUUUUUCACGCAGUACAUGGGGAUUGGUCGAAGCAAAAUUGGAUCCAUCAUUGCAACAGCUACCUCAAGCCCUCCUGUCAAUAUAGUCACAAAUUUAGACGAUCCAGAAGGACCGGCAUACGACUGGGUCAACGAUCGUCUCUACUUCACCGACUAUUACAGACGGAAUGUUCAGUCCAUUGGGCUCAAUGGGUUAAACCGUUCCAUCGUCGCACACGGAAACCGCCCCAGAGGAAUUGUUGUCGACCCUUGCUAUGGUUACCUGUACUGGACAGACUGGGGUAGUCCAGCUAAGAUUGAGAGGGCCACACUGGGUGGAAACUUCCGGACUGCCAUCAUCAACAGCAGCCUGUCAACACCCAACGCCCUGGCUCUGGAUUAUGAGGAGAGGAUGCUUUAUUGGGCCGAUGCGUCAUUAGACAAAAUAGAACGAUCUUCUCUCACUGGCGAGAACCGACAGGUGAUCAUACAUGGCGUUAUGUACCCUUUUGCCAUGACGGUCUUCCAGCAGGAUAUUUUCUGGACGGACUGGACCGAGAGAGGUGUAUUCAGGGCUGGGAAGGAUGAUGGCUCUGGCUUUGCGGUGUUGGCCCAGGAUAUGCAGUACAGGCCAAACGUCAUCCAUGUUUAUUCUGCUUCCAAGCAGGAGAGCUGCUCCAGCUUCUGUCAGCAGUUCAACGGCGGUUGCAGUCAUGUUUGUGUAUCUGGUCCAGUUGGCCCAGAGUGCCAGUGUCCUCAUGAAGGCAAGUGGUACCUGGCCAAUAACGGCAAAGACUGCAUUCAAGACACAGGGAAGCGCUGCCAGUCUAACCAGUUUACUUGCCUCAAUGGAAACUGCGUCCCAGCAAACUGGAAGUGUGACGGCUAUAACGAUUGCCAUGAUAACUCUGAUGAGCUGGAAGGAGUGUGUGCCUUCCACACCUGUUCAUCCACUUCCUUCACUUGUGACAACGGCCGCUGCGUGCCUCUCAGCUACACAUGUGACUACACAGAUGACUGUGGAGACAACAGCGAUGAGCGUGGUUGCCCUUUUCCGACCUGCAACCCUGCCACUGAGUUCACCUGCCUUAACGGACGCUGCAUCAGCGCAGACUUCGUGUGCAAUGGCUACAACGACUGCCGAGACAAUGCAACCUCUGAUGAAAUCAAUUGUCCUGACAGAACGUGUCCUUCAGGCCAGGUAAAAUGUGACAACACGAACAUCUGCAUCUACCCUGACAACCUAUGUGAUGGCUACAACAACUGUGGAGAUAACAGUGAUGAGAACCCUUUGUUCUGUGUCGGCCGCACAUGUUCUCCAGACAAGUUUCGCUGCGAUGGGGGAAAAUGUAUCCCUGCGUCCUGGGUGUGUGACUCAUUUGAUGAUUGUGAAGAUGGGACGGAUGAACCCAGCUCUUGUGAGGACCAAAUCAGGACAUGCAGUACCAGCCAGUUUACAUGCACUAAUGGGAACUGCAUCCCCAAGUCCCUGAUUUGUGACGGCAACAAUGACUGUUGGGACAACAGUGACGAGGCUCCUGAACUUCAGUGUGGACAACAUACCUGCAGUACAAGCCAGUUCACUUGCCCAACCUGGUAUCCUGGCCAUCCACGAUGUGUGCCCUUAAACUUAGUGUGUGAUGGUGAAAGAGACUGUGCCGAUGCAGCAGAUGAGCUCCAGAACUGCCCAAAUCGGACCUGUCGUAUGGAUGAGUUUGCCUGCUCCAAUGGACUUUGCAUCCUUGUUCCCUUCCACUGUGACCGUGUGAACGACUGUGGCGACGGUAGCGAUGAGUUGGGCUGUACCUAUGAAACCUGCAGCGCUAACCAGUUUACCUGCGGCAAUGGUGCUUGCAUCUCUGCGUCUUUUACCUGUGAUGGCCAGAACGAUUGCAUGGACGGUUCAGAUGAGGCAGAGAGUCUGUGCACCACACCGCAGCCCACGUGUGCUCCCAACCAUUACAUGUGCACAUCAGGCCAGUGCAUUGACACCAACAAGGUGUGCAAUGGACAGAAGGACUGUGACGAUAACAGUGAUGAAAAGGGCUGUGGAAUAAAUGAAUGUAGAAACCCGUCGGUCCAUAAGUGCGCCCAGAUCUGCACAGACACCCUCACCAGUUACUUCUGCUCAUGCAACCCCGGAUAUCGGCUAAUGCCAGACGGCAAAGCGUGCGAGGAUAUCAACGAGUGUAUCAGCACUCCUGCUGUCUGCAGCCAGAUCUGUGACAAUACUGUUGGCUCCUACAUAUGCAAAUGUGCUCCAGGGUACAUCAGAGAAGCCGACGGGCGCACGUGUCGCCAGAACAGCGGCAUUGCACCCUAUCUGCUAUAUAGCAACCGCUACUACAUCCGCAACUUGACCACUGAUGGUUCAGUUCUGAGUAUUGUCCUGCAGGGUCUGUCUAAUGUUGUUGGUUUAGAUUUUGACUCUUAUGAUAAGAGGCUGUACUGGCUGGACGCAGGAGCGGGAAAAAUUGAGAGGAUGCGUUUUGAAGGAACUGAGAGGGAGACGGUGGCUGAUGAAAAAUUGCUAGGAGCCGAAGGCCUGGCACUGGAUUGGGUGGGAAGGAAGUUGUACUGGGUGGACGGAUACUAUAGCUCAGUGCACGUGAUGGAACUGGAUGGGCGAUACCAGAAGAAGCUUUUAACUGGACAGUUCACAGAUGGAAAUAAAACCUACACUGUCAGCCGACCGUGUGCUGUAGCUGUCAACCCUAAAUAUGGCUGGUUGUACUGGACAGACUGGGCUGAUAACGCAUAUAUUGGCAGAGCUGGCAUGGAUGGAAGCAAUGUUAGCGCUAUCAUCACAACCAAGUUAGAGUGGCCAAGUGCUCUGACUAUAGACUACGCCACGAACAAGAUCUUCUUUGCUGACGCUCACCUAAACUUUCUGGACUUCGCAGACAUGGACGGUCAGAACCGACACCGGGCCAUUUCUGGGACUCUGCCUCAUGUCUUUGCUGUGUCCCUGUUUGAGGACUGGGUCUUCUGGACUGACUGGAAUACACACACAGUAGAGAAAGCCCAUAAGUACACCGGCGAGCAGCGCACUAUUAUGGGGAACAACACACAUCGCCCUUAUGACAUUCGUGUGACCCACCCCUACAGACAACCUCGAAGUGACAAUCCUUGCUCCUCCCACCACCUCACCUGCAGUCACCUGUGUCUAAUCGCACCCGGUGGUCAGUCAGCUACCUGCAGCUGCCCUGAUCACUUCAUCGGCCUCUCUGUAGGCUUUAAGAUUCAGUGCGUCGCUGAUUGCUCCAGCACUCAGUUUCGCUGUGCAGACAAUGAAAGAUGUGUCCCCAUAUGGUGGAAGUGUGAUGGACAGUCAGAUUGUGGUGAUGGGUCAGAUGAACCUCAGACCUGUCCUGAGCGCAGUUGCCCCAUUGGACAGUUCCAGUGUCAGGAUAAAAACUGUACUCACCCUGGGUUUCUCUGCGAUGGCCAUGCAGACUGCCCUGACAACUCAGAUGAGGACGCUGCUCUCUGCAGCGACCACAGGUGUCUGGAAAACCAGUUCCAAUGUAAAAACAAGAUGUGCAUCCCUAUUUCGUGGCACUGUGAUGGUAUGAAAGAUUGUUCAGAUGGCAGCGAUGAAGAUCCAGAGACUUGUGCCCAGAAAACUUGUGCACCGGGACAGUUCCAGUGUGCUAAUGGACUCUGCUUACCAUCAAGCUACGUGUGUGAUGCUCAGGAUGACUGUGGAGACGGAUCUGAUGAACCAUAUCAGACCUGCAUGGGUCCAGACUACAAGUGUGAUCCAGACACUGAGUUCCCCUGCAAGACUAACUACCGCUGCGUUCCUCAGUGGGCCCGCUGUGACGGCACUAACGACUGCCUUGACAACAGUGAUGAACAAGGCUGCGAGGAAGUGACUUGUGAUGCUCUAGGAGAUUUCAGAUGUGAUAACCACCGCUGUGUCCCCAUCCGCUGGCAGUGUGAUGGACGUGAUGACUGUGGCGACGGCUCAGAUGAAAGAAACUGCCAACCCCGGCCCUGCUCUGAGAGUGAGUACCGUUGUGACAAUCAGCAGUGCAUCCCAGGAAAUUGGGUGUGUAACCAUGACAACGACUGUGGGGACAACUCGGAUGAACGAGACUGUGAGUUGUAUACAUGUCGUCCAGGGCGAUUCCAGUGUGACUCGGGCCACUGUAUCCCUUCUGCUCUGCAAUGUGAUGGCCGGGCCGACUGUCUGGACCUGUCAGACGAGACCAGCUGUCCUACUCGUUACCCAGGAGGCCGUUGGUGCCCUUUGAGCCAGUUCCAGUGUGACAACCAUCUGUGUGUGAACCAGGGCUGGGUGUGUGAUGGUGAAGAUGACUGCGGAGACCGCUCUGAUGAACAGCUCAGUCUAUGCCUGAACAUCAGCUGUGAGUUGCCGUCCAAGUUCCGCUGUGCCAACGGGUACUGUAUUUACUCUGGCCGUAUGUGCAACCAGAAGGAUGACUGUGGAGAUGGCAGUGACGAGACUGAGGAGCUUUGCCGUGAACCGACCAAGCGUCCGUGCACGGUGGAGGAGUUUAAAUGCACCAACGGUAACUGUGUGGCACUGCCAUACGUCUGUGACCACAAUGACAACUGUGGAGACCUCACUGAUGAGUUAGGCUGCAAUUUCGGAAGUGAUCGCCACUGUGAAGAGAAGCUGUGUCAGCACGAAUGCACCAACCUGAAUGGCACUGGUUUUAUCUGCUCCUGCAGGAAGGGAUACAAAGUGGACCCAGUGAACACCUACACCUGCUUAGACAUUAAUGAGUGUGAGGAGUAUGGCACUUGUCCACAGGCCUGUAAAAACACCAAAGGUGGCUACGACUGCGAGUGUGCACCCGGAUACAGGAAAGUGGGGAACGGCAACGAAUGCGAGGCUGAAGGAGCAGCUCCCCUGCUGCUUCUGCCUGAGAACAUUCGCAUUCGAAGGUUCAACCUACAGACGGAGGCCUACCAUGACUUCCUCCGAGAAGAAGACCGAAUCGUUGCUUUGGACUACGACUGGGACCAUAACAACACUGGAUACAGUAUGGUGUACUUCACUGUGGCUAGUAAGGACUCCGCUCCUGGAGCCAUUAAGAGAGCAUACAUACCUUCAGUGGACAGUGGCAGUAACAACAUUGGUGCAGCUGUGGAUCUCGGCAUCAAAUAUAUCACCAAACCGGGCGGCAUCGCAGUGGACUGGGUGGGCGGAAACCUCUAUUGGGCAGAUUCCCAGUUAAAGAGGCUGGAGGUGGCAUUGUUGGAUGGGCGUUACAGGAAGCACCUGGUCAAAACCGAGCUGGGUCAUCCAUCUGCUGUGGCAGUCAACCCAAGACUGGGGAUGUUGUACUGGGCCGACCGAGGUGAAGCAGCCAAAAUUGAGUGUUCCUGGCUGGACGGUCAGGAGAGGAAGGUUCUUGUGGGAGACGGCCUUGGCUGGCCCACUGGCCUGUCAGUGGACUUCACGAAUGGCGACAGAAUCUACUGGUCUGACUCGAAGGAAAGCCGCAUCGAGUCUGUUCUGCCCUCGGGAGAAGAUCGCCGAAUUGUUGUCUACAUUGAUGUGAGAAACCCCUUCAGCGUGAGUGUGUUUGAGGACCACGUUUAUUGGAGCACUGAGGAGAAAGGCGAGGUGUUCCGACAGGACAAAUUUGGUAGCGGAGCCAAGACGAAGCUGCUGACCGCUGGGCCCUGGCUUACCCAGGUCUCUGUGUACCAGGAGCAGAGAUACAACUCUAUAGGCAUGAAGAACCCCUGUAAAGGAACCUGCAGCCACUUGUGUUUACUCCGCCCAAAUGGUUACACGUGUGCCUGUCCUGAGGGCAUCAACUUUGUCCCUGGCAGUAGCACAGAAUGUGAUGCUGGGUUCAUUCCACCACCAACUAUGCCACCACCUUGUCAGUGUCUGAACGGGGGCACCUGCUACUUUGAUGACAACAAAGCCCUCUGCAAAUGUCCUCCUGAGUGGAAAGGAGAAUACUGCCAGACAGACGUAUUCACUGCGGUUGCAUCUUCAGUUGCAAUAGCCAUCGGUGUGACGGUUUUCAUUGUGGCUCUCCUGGUGGCUCUCGUCUACGCUUCCAGAAAGAAAUCCAACCUGUUAGCCACACUGCGAAACAGCUUACCCCCCAUGCCCAAAAUGCCCAGUAUGCCCUCCAUGCCUACGAUGGCCAGCUUCAGAAAUGGCACAACACCAACAACCAACGGUGAAACAGGAUCUAACUCAGAACCGGUGUCCUCCAUGUUUGUGUCCAUGACGGAUCCUCAAGAGGAUAAUCAUUUUGAGAAUCCAGGAUAUGAUGCUGGAGAAAGGCUUCCCAUCAGACACAUGGCUCCGCCUACUUCUGUUCCAGUUGGAACAAACAAGGAGAGCGUCGAUAAUCCCCUCUACAAUGAAGAGGUUCACGUCGUGGACGAGGCCGCGAGGACUCCGGGCAAACCUGAGGCUGUCAUAAAUUUGGAACCCAGUGGAGACGACAGAUUUGUAUCUUUUAAAAAUCCUUCAUACCCAGACUAUACUGACCUUCCUGCUCAUGAGUCUGACAUUUGACAUGCCACAACUCAUUCUAUGGCACAGUUCAAACAGUCUUCGUCCCUUCAAACACGGGUCGACGCGGAAUCACGUUUGUUUAUAAAUGAAAAUGACACGUCAAUAACAUGUCACCUCUAUUUUCUGUGUUUUUUUGUGUCAAAUAAAUCCAAGCAAUCAAUAGUUACAAGUGUCCAAUAACUGAAUCAACUGUAAUAAUAAUAAUAGCUUGUAGUGCAUAUGAACCUAUUUGAGAUAAAAUAUUUGU